AAUCCCAAAACAAUGACAUAAGAACACUCAAGGACUCAAUAGUGCGGCAGUACGUCAUUGUAUUACUGUAAUAUUUGGGCCCCAAGUAUAUGAGGUAACACAGUACUAUAGACAACAUACAGGAUACAGACAUAUAGUAUUGUUUUAAGACAAUAUAAGCUGUAACAAAGGACGUAAACAUUUCCAUUAAUUAACAAUGAUUCUGCAAACUCAUCACUCUAAAAUAUGGAGGAUAACUACGUUUAUCUCUGAACGCUUUGUAUAGCCAGUUCUCCUUCAAUACAUUGACAUUGUGAAGGUGCCUGAUGACAGCGGUUAACAGUUUUCUCACCAGAUGAGCAUAGUCGUAGCGUAAAAGCGGUCUCGUGCUACGGGGAAUUUCCCGUCCACGUGUCUGAAUAUACGAUAGAGAAGGCGGGAUCAAAACAAACCCGUCGAUUGGUUACAGAAGCCGAAUGUAAAUCACUCUUAAAGAGAUAUGCUCCAGCCCAGUGCCGAGACACAGCACAGUUUGCGCCGCAUGUUUAAAAGGAAGGUUAUUUACUAAUUUUCCGCGCCACGCCCCGGCGGCGGAGUCAGUUUGGAGCUGACGUCGGCGAAAUGAAAUCGGCUCGCUGCAGUUUUCCUCACAGAAUGGAAGUAGUCGUGGAGGUGAUACGGACUAAACUCGCUUGACUUAGCAGGAUAUUGAACUCGGUGUCCUUUUUCUUCUCUGAGCGAAAGACAGCCAAAACAACGAAGCCCAUCUCCGUGGUUGCUUGUCUCAUAGUGCCCCCGUAUGGACGAUGAGGAGGAUGAUGUGUUUGAGCCAGACCCCCACUGCUGGCGCACCACAUUCAGGGAGAUAAAGUGCGAGGACCGGGGCACGCAGACACCUGGCCCUGCCCUGGCACUGAACAACGGCAUGCUGCCCUGUGGAGUCGAGGAGGAGCCCAGACCACUCUUCUACGGCAACGCAGGUUUUCGAUUGCACUUCCCGGCACACUUUGAGCUCGCUGGGAAUCAGGAAGCGAGGCGACAGGAAAGUGAAGAGGAGCGAAACGGGAUGGAGCAGCUACCCCAGCGGCAGCCUGUGGCGCGCAGUGUGGAGGCUUGCAUUGGCCAGAAACUCCAGCUGAUAGGAGACCAGUUUCACCGGGAACACCUACAACUGUAUCAUCGAAACCAAAGGAACCAGGGGCCGCUGUGGUGGCGCCUGGCUGCAGCUCUGCUGAGCCUCCUGUUUGACAGGGGCUUCAUCGCUGGAGGAGGUGGAGCAGGACGGAGGUGAGGGGCGGGGGUCUUCCACUCACUUCCCCUUCUCUUCAUCUCUACGAGGAACUGGACUCCUAAUGGCACUGUCAAAUCUAACACGGGUCUGUUUUUUGGGGGAAAAUAGAGAGGGGACAAAAGGUCACCGCGGGACGGAGACAACCAACUUUUAUAAAAAAGGUCGUGUGUUUUUUUCUUUCCAAGAAGAUGCCAUGAUGCUCCGAGAUUCCUCCACAGGACAAUGUUCAUAUUUUGGUAUACGUGUGGUGUAGUAGUUUUGUACAGUACAUUGUUCUUGUUCAAUUUUUUGCACUUCAACAUGUAUCCAUCUCUAAUGACCUCCACAGACCCUGGGAAUGCCUUAUUCAGUGUCUUUUGCCAGAAUGAGUAUUGAGCAAUUUUGACAGGCAAGAUGAGAUGGUUAGGAGAUGUGGUGUGAGGUUUUUUCUUUUUCUGAAGUUUCCCAGGUGACCAGUCAAGUUGAUUUACUAAUUUUUCCAAAGAGGCAACUUCUCAGAACAAAGCAUUUUGCACCUCACCUCAAUGGAACAUUGAUCUUUUCUUAUUUUCUUUAUUUUUCCCUUUGUUUGGUUUCUCCUCCAUUUUCUUUGGUAUGGUAUUAAGUUUGAACGGGAUCCCUCAGUAUCAAAAUUCAAAAUACUGGGAACAGAGGAAAGUUUUUGCACACAAAAAAGUCUGCAUACCAGGAAAUGUAAUCUAAAUAUCUUUUAAUGUGCACAGAUGUUUUGAGGCAAGUCUUUCCACAGUCAUGUGCUACACGUCAAACAAUUAAGUGGUUUUUUUUUGAUGGCUGGGGAAGUUCCAGGGAGGAGUGUAGCACUGCACAUCACUCACUAGUCAAACAAGCCUGGUGACUGCUGACAAACCUGUGUACAACAGCAAUACUCAAAGCACCGGUUGAUGCUGUUAUUGAAAUUAACAACACUGCAAACAAAAAAAAGAAGUUAGCUGUAAUUAAUAGGUUUUACACUAAUUUACAAUACCUUUGAGCAGUAACAAACAGCCUAAUGAAUAAUGACUAAUGAGCCAGUAAAAUCACUGCAAAAAUCAACACAUUGUUCCAAAUUUUGGGGUGUCACCCAUUUAUUUUAGGAAAUCACAUCAACUAAAAUGUUGUUGGUUUUUUUCAUGAGCUCAAUUGGACAUUCUGUGUUGCCAUUUUAUUCCUGUCAUCAUCAGAUAACACUAAUUUGGUUUUCUCCAUCAUAAAAGGUAUGUUUGUUACUGUACAGUUAAUCUGAUGCAUAUUACUUACAGCUAGCUGUGUAGCAUACUGAAUAGAUAUUUAGAUUAAAGCUUUGGUGUGCUGACUUGUGCAUGCAUGGAGAAAACUUUUGAAGGUCUAGCACCAUGCACUAAAUUAUAACAUUACAGUCGAGCACAUUGUUUGCUAGAGCAACAUGUUCUUUCCCUCCAAAAACAACUACAGAGCUGUUUGGUUAAGGGCUGCCGUUGUGAUUUGGAUAUUAACUUCACCAGUUACUCAGUUUUCAGUUUGGCCUUAUUUCACUCUCCAAUACAAGAUUUCCCUUAGUUUUAGAUGUGUUCUUUUCAUGUGAUUGUUUUCAGACCUCCAUGCCCUUGAAGUGGAGCUGUGGAUCCACUGUUUUUGCACUAGACUUAACACCCUUCAAGAGUUCAGAUUGUUACCAAGCUAACCUCUGUCUUGUAUGAAGGUUUUCAGUUAUGACUUUGUCUUCUUGCCGCAACAUUUCAGACGUUCUCACUCGCGCGUCCAAGACAAAUAAUCAAUCUUGAGACCUGACCGAACGCAAGUCUGGAAUCUGGAUUGGAUAUGGGUUCUGGAAAUGUCACGUACCAGUGUUUCAGGCUGCAGUAAGAGUUAUGACAGAGCCACGUACCCCGAUUGAAAGGUUUUCUAAGUCCGGGCUUGCUUUUCACAGCCUGCCUGUGUUCUGAACACCAAACAAUACUCCAUAAUUAAUCUGUGAAACAGAAUCUCCUCCUCUCAGGCUACCUUUAUGGGGUUUUUACAUCAUGUGGUAUUCUGUUAGGUGAUCUUGUAUUGUAUUUGGUGCUCAGAUCCAGAUUUGGGACAUUUUUAGUAUGUUACAACCACCACUGACUCAGCAGACAAACAGUCUCUGAAAUGAAACAAAAGUGAAAUAGACUGUAAUUAUUGUUGAAAUAUAAAUAUGUUUAAAGACACUGUUGAAGAUGCUGUUUGUUAUAUUUUCCAUUGCUGAACCCAAGCCAAUGUUUUGGACCCAAGGAGCAGUACAUAUCAGGGGUCUGUAAUUACUUGCUCCUUACAAUGUGUCAAGUUUAUCACUGCAUAAUUAGGGUUUCCUCUCAUUUUCUUAAAGAUGUCUCAGGGACAGACUUUGUGGGCUACUGGCAACCUUGAGAAUCUGUUACAUGGUUAGAAGAAGAGCAGUGUUUUCACCCAUUUUAUUUAUGACAGAACCGCCCAAGGUGCUGUCAACGCUCGUUUUCAUUUCAGCUAAAAAUUUCCUCUCGACCGAUUUCUCAGCACACACAUAAAAAGGUACAGUUCGACCGAGGAGUCUGAGGCUGACUUGCUGACUGUGGUGGUGACGGGGGGAGGCUACUGAGCAUGUAGUUAAAUAGGCGUGUGUGAGGUGCACUGAAUGUGGUUGUGGUUAUAGUUUCCUGCGGAUCCUGAACGCUGAGCCAGUCCAAGUAGUGCCCCGUCUCACCAUUGGCUCUUGACUUCCUCUUUGUGCUGCUCCUUCAUUACAUGGGUAUUGUUCUUUGGUUCAUUUUCUUUGUAAUUUAUUUUUUUUCUCCUUCUUAUUUAUUGUUUGUAUAUUUGCCCAUUUCUACUGUAUACACUUGUGUGUGCAAUUUUCUUAUUUUCCUGUUUGUUUGUUUGUUUGGGUUUUUUUUGUUUUGGUCUUAGGCUUGUAUAUGCUUCACUUGUUUGACAGUGCAGAGCAGGUUGGCCCACAUUGUGCCUGACAUUACUUCAUUUGAUGACAAACCCAUAAUCUACAUUUUGAGUAUUUAUCAUCCCUUGUAGGUUUUAAAGGUGGGAGCUGUAACAAGUUCGGAGUUUGGCCUUCCAUGAAGACCAGCAGCUAUGGUCACUUUGAAUUCAUAUCGGUCCUUUUAACCAAGAUGCAUUUGCAAUGACCACAGCUGCUGCUCAUCGUGGGGAAGAAAACAACAAACCUCUCUGACAGUUACCUUUCAAGCCUUUAAGGGUGGGUGUUUGAUAUUCAAAAAAUAGAUUUUUGGGUGGAGUGUUUCACUUAAAGGUUGUGAUUUUCCAGGGAUGGGCCCAACCAAUUCAGACCUUUUUCAUUAUCUUCCACCACCCGAUUUCACCAGUCAUCGUGGUCAGAUUCACAAUAUGUGGUUUAGCAAAGAAGUAGCUUCAAUACAGUUUAAUCUUUCAACAGGAUGGGACCUUUCCCUUAUAAUUAAUGAGUCAUCACCCCGCCCACCCACUGCUAAUGAUAAUGAUGUCAUUAGAAGUGCUUCAAAACAGACAUAAAAAGGUUGCCUUCAUAUUCCUCUCAAGUCACAGGGCGUUAGUUUAUGUGUUCAAUUCUUUUAAUCUUGAUCAUUGUGUUGUAAUCAACAUGCACUGGAAAGUACUUUGUAUCUGGAGAUCCCAUGGGUCCCUUAUCUGUCGUGUGUUAAUGUAUAGUAUACACUCUGGAUUGUUUUCUUGGGCUAAUCUUGCCGUGUGUCAGCCGUAUAUCUGUGCAUUGACCAAGUAGGCUCUGGAAUGAUGGCCUGUUUGAUCUAUUGGAAAGGGAUACAAGCCACCAUGGUGCCCUGUAUAAUUUUGUUAGAAUGAGGUUCCCAGACUGCACUCAUCACAUUAUAGGAGCUGAGUGUAGAGAAUCCCUAGGGUGGGACAUGUAUUUUAUGGAAACCGCAGUGUCUUGAAUUUUGUAGUCCACUUUAUAUAAAUUUGAAGUUUUCGAAGGAAUUGAUUUUGAAUUUUUUUAACAAUAACAUUUCUUCUUCAUGGUCUUUCUUAACUUUUUUAAAAUGUAUUUUCUUAAGAGAAAAAAAGGGGUCUGCUUUUAUAAGGACAGUUCAUGCUUGUAAAAUAAUUUUUAAUACGAGUAGGAUCCUUUUCGAAGUCCAUGAGAUCAAGGGCAUUUUUUAAACAUAGAAAUGAACUUGCAACAUUCCUUGCACAUCUCAGCAUGGUGUUAUAAACAAAGCCGAGCAAACCAAAAUAUUUCAUGGUUGUGGUUAAUUUGGCUCGUGAACUUAUAGCUAUGAAAUAUCUGCCCUUCUUUACAGAACAGAUAAAGUGUAAAUGUUAUUUCUAAAACCCUGGAAUAUGCCUUUAACUGCUCAGUUUCAAUGAAGUCUUGAUUAUCACACACUCUCUGUAUACCAAGAAAUGAGACCCAGCGAAAAUGUAGCAUUUUUGUAAACAUUGACUGUGUGUUUUCGAGACUCUACUGUGCACUCAUUUUUUGUGUUUAUAUAUAUUUUUUGGUUGUUGAUAUAAUAUGGAAAUAAAGACAAUUUGUUAUGUAGUGCAAUAUGCUGUACAUACGGAGCUUUGCUCUACAAAUCUUUUUUUUUUCUGGAUUUCUUGUUGUUUAUUGGUACUUUUUUUCAAUAAAAUUUUAUUGAAGGUGA